AUGGGUUCCAAUCACACAGCGCCGUUGAACAACCUCCCCUCCCCCUCCCCCCUUCUUGUCCCCAAAAUCGAGCCCAAACUCGAACCUUUCGACGAUACCUCCCCAUCUCCGCCUCCACUCCACCAUCUCUCCACACCCUCUCCCUCCGCCGCCACCUCCAGCACGCCGCCGCUAUUAUGCGAUUUCGGCCGCCUCUCUGAAAUGUUCCGCUCCGCUACCGGCCGCGAAACCGAUUCCCUCGCCGGCGGCCAAGCCCCGCCCGAGCCCGACCCGAACCCGCUCGCCAUCGUCUCCGUCCCUGACGGACCAGGGCCCCACCUCUCGAGCGUUGUCUUCUCGCCCCGCGGCGUCAGGAAGUACCCGAUCCGCUCGUCCGAGCUCGUCCGGGUCACGGAUCUGAAGCCCGAGGACACCCGUUUCUUCCGCGGGUCGAUCCGCAGGGCCCGUAUGGUUUUCGACUCCCUCCGCACGUACGCCGUGGCCGAGGACGAGAAGCGCCGGGAGGUUAUCCCCAACCGCCGCACAAGGGCAGACCUCAAGGCGGCCGCCGUCAUGAGGGAGCGCGGGCUGUGGCUGAAUCGGGACAAGCGGGUCGUGGGCGAGAUUCCCGGGGUCGAGAUUGGGGACGUCUUCUUUUUCCGGAUGGAGAUGUGUGUCCUGGGCCUCCACGGCCAGGCCCAGGCCGGAAUUGACUACGUCCCCAUCAGCCAGAGCUUGAACGGCGAGCCAAUUGCCACCAGCAUAAUAGUCUCCGGAGGCUACGAAGACGAUGAGGAUGCUGGCGAUGUAAUAGUCUACACUGGUCACGGUGGGCAGGACAAGAAUGGCAGGCAGGUCGAGCACCAGAGGCUGGAGUGCGGUAACCUAGCCCUGGAGAGGAGCAUGCAUUACGGGAUUGAAGUACGAGUAAUCCGCGGCUUUAAGUACGAAGGCAGCGUGAGCGGCAAAGUUUAUGUCUAUGACGGGCUUUACAAAGUUGUCGAGACCUGGUUCGACGUGGGCAGGUCAGGCUACGGUGUCUACAAGUUCCGGCUCACGAGGAAUGAGAAUCAAGAGGAGAUGGGCAGUUCAGUAAUGAAAUUUGCCAUGAGCUUGAGGACACGCCCUCUCGAGGCCCGGCCCGCGGGAUAUGUGUCUCUUGACCUCUCAGGCAAGAAGGAGAACUUCCCAGUGCUCUUUUUCAACGAUGUGGACUCCAAUCAGGAUCCUCUCUAUUACGAAUACCUCAUGAGUUCUGUUUUCCCUCCAUUCGUGUACGGCACUGGAAAUGGGGUCGGGUGUGACUGUACAGGAGGCUGUUCAGACGGCUGCCUUUGCUCGGUGAGGAAUGGUGGCGAGUUUGCAUACGACUUGAAUGGUACUCUUGUGCGUGGAAAGCCACUGAUUUUCGAGUGUGGGCAUAACUGCCGCUGCCCACCAACGUGCCGUAACAGGGUGACGCAAAAGGGGGUUCGGAAUAGGUUUGAGGUUUUCCGGUCAAGGGAGACUGACUGGGGAGUGAGGUCUUUGGACUUAAUCCCGGCAGGCUCGUUUAUCUGUGAGUACUCUGGUGUGGUUCUUACUCGUGAGCAGGCCCAAGUGCUGACUAUGAAUGGGGACAGUUUGAUUUACCCGGGUCGUUUUGGUGAGCGGUGGAGAGAGUGGGGGAAUCUUUCGGAGGUUUUUGCCGAUUUUGUCCCUCCUUCGUAUCCUUUGGUGGCCCCGUUGGAUUUUGCCAUGGAUGUGUCGAGGAUGAGGAACUUGGCUUGUUAUAUGAGCAAUAGCACUAGCCCGAAUGUUUUUGUGCAGCCGGUUUUGUAUGACCACAGCAAUGUGUCUUUUCCCCGGCUCAUGCUGUUUGCUAUGGAGAAUAUACCGCCUAUGAGGGAGCUGAGCCUUGACUAUGGGGGAAGCUUGCUAUCUGUAACUAGCAGCGUGGGGUUUGGGUCGGUGUUGGGAUCGGGAUCGGGAGGUCGUGUGGUGAGGCUGCACAAAAAUUUUUGGACUUCAACUAUGGCUCAUGAAGCAAGCUACAUUAUCUUUGUGUCAUGGAAAUAUCAAGUCCUGGAGUUAUCUAUUAGAAGGGGGAGGAUCUUGAUUCUAUCUUGCAGCAGGAUGAAUGUUUUCUACUUGUGCAGCUUGAAUGAAGUAAAGAAUAAUUAUUAUGAGACUAAAAGCCUCUGUGGACGGAAAAUCUUUUUUUGCGAAAAUUUGGUGCGUGUAAAAUCUGUACUAUGGUUCCUGUAGUUGAUGGGAGAAUUUUUAAGUCAGUCUCUCCUAACAUGUGUACUCUUGUAAGAAUCAGUCUUUGUAUUAGAUUCAUAGUCCGGGUGUAUAAUGUAAAUAUAGAUAUUUGUAUGCGAUCAUUAAUACACUUUUCCACUUCUUUAACAUCUCUAAUCAUUGCGGAAAUUAACUUUGCUUUGUUUCAGAUUUUUGUAAUUACCUGGAAAAUGGGCAUUCCCAGAUUGAGUGGGCGAAGCAAUCAUUUUGGUUGUUGACGCAUUCAGUGAUGUGGGACUGUACAUAAAAAUCAAUGUGUUGCUAUAAUUGAAAGAAUGAAAAUAUAUUGUCAAGCAAGCGUUAUUUUGGAAGGCCAAGGCCAACAUCUAGUAAUAUCGUAUGAUGUUAGAGCUUUAGCAUUUCAUCUCACUAGAUACCAACAAUGUUAUCAACUAUUAGAGUAAUGUCAUCUUUUUUCAUAUCCAGUAUAAGGUAUUGAUUCUCCCACUAAUUAUGUGUCCUUAGUUUUGAUCUUGACCAGUUGAUCUUCUCUGUUAGUUAUGUAAAGUGUAUGUUUGUGUUAUGGGCUAGGUUUAGAUACAUAGAUGGACCUUAACCUUAGAUUAGACAUAAACCUAGUUUAUAAUACAAGGAUACACUUACAUAGCUAACAAUCUGAUU